AUGGAUAAUUACAAUUCCCAAUCUCAAUCACCAUAUCCACCAUAUGGUGGUUAUGGAUACCCUCCUUCACAGCCACCUUCAAAUCAGCCAUAUCCACCACCACCCAACUCUGCUCCAUAUCCUCCCCCACCUGCAGCUUCUGCACCUUAUGGGUAUCCUCAAUAUCCUCCACCAAAUUAUGCUACUGCGUAUGCUGCCCCUCCAACUGCAUAUGCAUAUCCACCCCCACAAUCUGCACCAUCAUCAGCACCACCUCAUCCUGCAGCCCCUUGGUAUCAAUCUCCAUCACAUUCUGGCCAUUUUUCCUAUCCGUAUCCGGGAUAUCCGGCUCCUCCUGCAUCAUCAGCUCCUGAGCCUCAGACUGUUCAGAAUAGUUCAUCAAAUGUGCAUACUCUCAACAGCCUGAACAGCUUUACAUCUGCUGGGAAUGAGGUCCCGGGCAUUCGCCGUCAAGAUAGUUCACAAUCCAUAACCGGUUCAACUAUAAGUUAUCAUCAUCAUGCUAGUCAUAGUGCUACCACCUAUCCUUCGAUGUAUCCCCACAUCGAGGAUCAAUUAGCAAAUGUGCACUUGUCGUCGAACAAUUAUCCCUCUGGUUCUGGUACUCCACCUGUAAAUAAUCCUUCUGCACCUGCAUCCCCGCCUGCUCCCGCCACGCUUUCGGCUCCCGCUCUCGCCCAGAUGUAUCACUCGGGCCCACUGCCGGUUACUUCAAACUAUAAUGAUCAUGGCUCAUUCUAUGGUUUUGCAAGUAACUCCUUUUCUAGUAGGGUGGAGAGUCCUUCUUAUCCUCCUUCACCCCAUCCAAACAUGUAUUUAGAUAAUCCACAGAAUCAGAAUCUACAGAUUGUGUCAGUUCCUUCUGCUAAAGGGUCUUUGAAAGUGUUGCUUUUACAUGGGAAUUUGGAUAUAUGGAUCUAUGAAGCGAAAAACCUGCCAAAUAUGGACAUGUUCCACAAAACAUUGGGUGAUAUGUUCAACAAACUGCCCGGCAAUGUGAAUGCUAAGAUUGAAGGUCACAUGAAUCACAAGAUAACAAGUGAUCCCUAUGUCUCAAUUACUGUUGCUGGUGCUACCAUUGGAAGGACUUACGUGAUAAGCAACAAUGAAAAUCCUGUUUGGAUGCAACAUUUUAACGUUCCAGUUGCUCAUCAUGUUGCUGAAGUUCAUUUUGUCGUAAAAGACAAUGAUGUAGUGGGAUCUCAGCUUAUAGGAACUGUCGCCAUUCCGGUGGAGCAUAUUUACGGUGGCGGAAAAGUUGAAGGGUACUUUCCUAUUCUUGGGAAUAAUGGAAAGCCCUGCAAAGCUGGAGCUGCUUUGAGUAUUUCAAUUCAGUAUACUCCAAUAGAAAGAUUGAGUAUUUAUCAUCAUGGAGUUGGAGCAGGUCCAGAUUACAUUGGUGUACCAGGGACAUACUUUCCACUUAGAAGAGGUGGGACAGUUACUCUUUAUCAAGAUGCUCAUGUGCCUGAUGGGUACCUUCCAAACCUGAAGCUAGCAAAUGGGAUGCAUUAUGUACAUGGAAAGUGUUGGCAUGACAUCUUUGAUGCAAUUCGCAUGGCUCGAAGGUUGAUCUAUAUUGCUGGAUGGUCAGUGUGGCACAAGGUUAGGUUGAUCAGAGAUGAUAGUUCUCGGGCAAAUUACACCCUUGGGGAGCUUCUGAAGUCAAAAUCACAAGAAGGUGUGAGAGUUCUGCUUCUUAUAUGGGAUGACCCUACAUCAAGAAACAUCUUGGGUUACAAAACAGAUGGAGUCAUGGCAACACACGAUGAAGAAACUCGUCGUUUCUUUAAACAUUCUUCAGUCCAAGUUCUACUUUGCCCCAGGGUGGCUGGAAAACGUCACAGCUGGUAUAAACAGAGGGAAGUUGGAACAAUUUACACGCACCAUCAGAAGACUGUGAUAGUAGAUGCUGAUGCUGGUGGUAAUAAAAGAAGAAUUAUUUCUUUUUUAGGAGGGCUCGAUUUAUGUGACGGACGAUAUGAUACUCCUCAGCAUCCCAUCUUUAAAACUCUGCAAACGACUCAUGUGGAUGACUAUCAUAAUCCUACUUUUGCGGGCAGUGUUGCUGGUUGCCCAAGAGAACCGUGGCAUGACUUGCAUUGCAAAAUUGAUGGUCCAGCAGCAUAUGAUGUGCUGGCCAACUUUGAGGAGCGUUGGUUCAAGGCUUCAAAACCACAAGGCAUUAAAAAGUUGAAAGUGUCAUAUGACGAUUCCUUACUCCGGUUAGAAAGGAUGCCAGAAAUACUUGGGGCAUCUGAUUCUCCCUGUGUUGUUGACAGCAACCCUGAAUGUUGGCAUGCUCAGAUUUUCCGUUCCAUUGAUUCAAAUUCUGUCAAAGGAUUUCCAAAGGAUCCAAAAGAAGCUACCUUGAAGAACCUGGUAUGCGGAAAGAAUGUAUUGAUUGACAUGAGCAUACACACAGCUUAUGUUAAGGCCAUUCGUGCUGCCCAACACUUCAUUUACAUCGAAAAUCAGUAUUUCAUUGGCUCAUCUUAUAAUUGGAGUCAAUAUAAGGACCUGGGUGCUAACAAUUUGAUACCGAUGGAAAUUGCCCUGAAAAUUGCUGACAAAAUUAGAGCACAUGAAAGGUUUGCGGCGUAUAUAGUCAUCCCAAUGUGGCCAGAGGGCAAUCCAACUGGUGCUGCAACCCAGAGGAUUCUAUUUUGGCAGCAUAAAACAAUGCAAAUGAUGUAUGAGACGAUCUACAAGGCACUGGUUGAAGUUGGGCUCGAGGAUGCAUAUUCACCACAAGAUUAUCUCAACUUUUUUUGCCUUGGAAAUAGGGAGGCUGUUGACGUCAAUAACAACAACCCUGAAGUUCAUGGUCCUGUGAACACUCCCCAGGGGUUAAGUCGAAAGAACAGAAGAUUCAUGAUAUAUGUUCACUCCAAAGGUAUGAUAGUGGAUGAUGAAUACGUCAUUAUAGGAUCUGCAAAUAUCAAUCAACGAUCCAUGGAAGGUAUGAGAGACACAGAGAUUGCAAUGGGGGCGUAUCAGCCUCAUCAUACAUGGGCAAGGAAUCAGUCCAGCCCCCACGGACAGAUAUAUGGAUAUAGAAUGUCACUGUGGGCAGAGCAUCUAGGAGUUAUUGAAGACUGUUUUACUCAGCCAGAGUCCUUAGAAUGCGUCCGGCGGGUGAAAACAAUGAGCGAAAUGAACUGGAAGCAAUUUGCUGCUCCAGAGGCAACAGAAAUGAGGGGACAUCUCCUGAAGUACCCUGUGGAAGUUGAUCGGACGGGCAAAGUGAGGCCACUUCACGGACAAGAGAGUUUCCCGGACGUCGGAGGCAACAUUGUGGGAUCUUUUCUUGCCAUUCAAGAAAACCUCACCAUCUAA